AUGAAACCGAACAAAUUAAAAGAACAUUUUGCUACAGUUCACAAGCAGUUUGCAGAUAAAAAUAUAGAUUUUUUUAAGGAAAAGGAGAAGAUUCUGAAGUUUUUGCGCAUGGAUUCUACAGGCAACAUACAGAAAGCAAAUGAAUCAUACCUUCAAGCUUCAUACAAAAUUGCUUAUCGCAUCGCACGUAAUAAAAAACCACACACUAAAGGAGAGGACCUCAUCAAACCUUGCUUAUUAGAUGCGGCAACACUUGUUAUAGGUAAGCAACAUGUAGCUAAGAUUAAACAAAUAUCACUCUCAAACAAUACCAUUCAAAGACGCAUAUGUGAAAUGAGUGCCGAUAUUUUAGCAACCGUUAUUGCUGAAAUAAAGGAAAGUCCUAUGUUUGCACUGCAGUUGGACGAGUCCACAGAUGUUGCUUCGUGUUCACAAUUAUUAAUGUUCGCAUGA